GUGCUUUGGGUGUACAACAAUACACAAUAAAGCGCUAUAUAAAUGCAUAGUUCAUUCAUUCAUUCAUAUACACCUAGAUGAUUUGAGGGUAAGUAAAUCUAGAGGCUGACUGAUAUGGGUUUUUCUCUGGCUGAUGCCAAUAUUUAGAAUUCAGGGCAGCCGAUGGAUGAUAUAUGAUGCCGAUCUUUUUGGCCGAUUUCCUUUUUCUUUUUUACCCCUUCAUCUUAUAAAAGAGAGUUUGAGUAAAUGUUUAUUGCAGGGUACAAGACAGUAGGUUUAAUAGUAUUAGUUGUAGUAGCCUAAUUCAUAGUAAUAAUACAUGGCUCAAAACAGUUCUGAAGCUUUUUGCUUAUGUUUGCUGAUAGACACUAGUGUUUCCUCACAGACUUGCAAAUGCAAAUUCAUUCUCUGCCAACAGGAGGCGCUGUUUGAGUCGGAGAAUUCAUUGAAGAAAAAGAGGACAAUGAAGAAUCAAGUGAAGUUGAGGAGAUAAAUCAUGUCAAAACUGGAGAAAAACCUUUGAGUUGCCCUCAAAACGAACAGAAAGAUUUAAAGAAAAGAAGAGCCAAUAAAUCUUUCACCUGUACUCCGUUUGGAAGGAGCUUCACACACAAAACAAGUUUUGAGCGUCACAUGAGAAUUCAUACUGGAGAGAAACCAUUCACUUGUGAUCAAUGUGAGAAUAGUUUCACACAAUCAGCACACCUUAAGGUACACAUGAAUGUCCACACUAGAGAGAAGCAGCACGCAUGUGAUCAAUGCGGUAAAAUGUUUUUAUGGGCUUCAAUUCUGAAGAAACACUUGAAAGUUCAUGCAAAGGAGAAGCCACAUUCAUGUAAUUUGUGUGGCAAGAGUUUUUUGCGUCUACAAAAUUUGAAAGUACAUCAGAAAAUACAUACUGCUGUGGAAAAGUACAUGUGCUUUGAGUGUGAAAAGACUUUUAGUUCAGCGACCCGUUUAAAAUUGCAUGAGAGGAUUCACACCGGAGAAAAACCUUAUAAGUGUUCACACUGUGACAAGAGAUUCAGUCAGUCAACACAUCUGAAAACACAUGAGAGGAUCCACACUGGAGAGAAACCUUUUAAGUGUUCACACUGUGACAAAAGAUUCAAUCAUUCAACACAUCUGAAAACACAUGAGAGGAUCCACACUGGAGAGAAACCUUACAAGUGUUCACACUGCUACAAGAGAUUCAAAAAGUCAGGAGACCUGAAAACACAUGAGAGGAUCCACACUGGAGAGAAACUUUAUAAGUGUUCUGACUGUGACAAGAGAUUCAGUCAGUUAUCAAAUCUGAAAAAACACAAGAGAAUCCACACUGGAGAGAAACCUUUUAAGUGUUCUCACUGUGACAAGAGAUUCAAUCAGUCAACAAAUCUGAAAACACAUGAGAGGAUCCACACUAGAGAGAAACUAUAAGUGCUCUCACUGAUAAGAGAUUCAAAAAGUCAGGAGACCUGAAAACACGAGAGGAUCCACACUAGAGAGAAACUUUAUAAGUGUUCUCACUGAUAAGAGAUUCAAUUGGUUACCAAAUUUGAAAAGACACGAGAGGAUCCACACUGGAGAGAAACCGUAUCAGUGCACUGCAUGUGGGAAGUGUUUCAUUCAGUCAUCUGCUCUACACAGUCUUACAAAAAAACAAUCACAGUAAGGCCCUGGACACAUGGAGAUGCGUGUAGCUAUAUAUGUACAGGGUUUUCACACUUUGGUUAACUUCAAAUUCAGGACCAAUUUUAGGACCAUUAGAGGAGUUUUUAGGUCCAAUACCCUCAAAUUCAAAGACUUAAUGUGAAGACACAUUUUAGUUGUGUUACCGUGUAAGAUGCAUUGUUACAGUUUUCAUGUGUCAAACACAAUUAUGCAAAAAAGCAUUUUUUUUUUUUUUUUUGGCCAUAUGACAGAGAUCUGAUAUUCUAUUUGUCGUAUUUCUGUUUUUCAUAAAACUGAAGAAUAUUUAGUACAUCCUAUAUUGUAUUCUAAAAUGACCUGACAUUAACUUUUGCAUGGAUUUUAUUGAAACAGGGUUUCUACAGGUAUCAUCAAAUCUAAUUUAAUGCUUUUUAAUGCCAGUUUAAAAAAAUGUUUAAUGACAUACACGACCCAUUUAAAUAUAAUGUUUUUGAAACAAGUAUCUUCUGUUCACUAAGGAUACAGUAAUAGUAAUAUUGAGAAAUAGAAAACAUUUAUUAUAAAUGUAAAUAUGUGAAUAUCUGUUAAAGUAUAAUUAAUAUUUAAUAUUUCUGUGAUCAAAGCUGAAUUUUCAGCAUCAUUACUCCAGGCUUCAGUGUCUCAUGAUCCUUCAGAAAUCAUUCUAAUAUGCUGAUUUGCUGCUCUGUUAUGAUAUUGGUGCUCAAUCAAUAAUAAUUUCUUAUUAUUAUCAAUAUGGAACACAUUUUUUCUGCUUUAUAUUUUUGUGUAAAUCAUGAUACAUUUUACUUUUCAGCAUAAAUAAUAUUUCAAAUGAAUCAGCAUUAAUUUUAAAUAAAAUCUUUUGUAACAUUAUAAAUGUCUUUACUGUCACUUUUGAUCAAUUUAAUUUUUCACACUUUAACACUUUAGUUUCUUAUUGUAUUAUUGAAUGUUAAUAUACUACGGUUUCCACAAAAAAAAAAAAAAAAAAAAAAAAAUAAGCACAACUUUCUUUCUAUAUUGAUAAUCAGAAAUGUUUCUUGAGCAGCAAAUCAGCAUAUUAGAAUAAUUUCA